CGAAGCCGCGGCCUCGGGGAGGCCCGGGCCGCGGCGGGGGGAGGAGAUGGAGGUGGGGGGCCGCGACCCCGGUUGCUUCACCGGGCAGGGUCGAAGUCCAGCCGCCGUCAGCUCGGGCCGCCCUCCCGCCGCCGCGGCCGGACACACGCUCGUAGCCCGCGACGGAGGCGGCCGGGCCCGCGGCGAGGUGGAUGUGACAGCCAUGAUGCGGCUCUUUGGCUACGUGGAUGUGACUGACUCUGGUUUCAUUGCAGCUGUUCUCUCCAUCAUCUUUAACCCUCUCUUCUGGAAUGUGGUAGCCAGAUGGGAGCACAAAACACGAGCGCUCAGCCGAGCCUUUGGCUCUCCACGUGCUGCCUGCUACUGCCUGGGUGCUGUGAUCCUGCUGCUUAACUGUGUGCGCAGCCAUUGCUUCACAGAAGCCAUGAAGAGCCAGCCAAAGCUAGAGGGCUUGGACUGCCACUGGGCCUAUUACUCUGGCUUGGCCAUCUUGGCUGUAGGGACCUUGUUUGUCGUCUCCAGCUUCUUAGCACUUGGAUUCACUGGAACAUUCCUGGGUGAUUACUUUGGCAUUCUGAUGGAGGCAAAAGUGACCAGCUUCCCCUUCAGUGUCCUGGAUAAUCCCAUGUACUGGGGCAGCACAGCCAUCUACCUGGGCUGGUCCCUCAUGCAUGCAAGCCCAGCUGGCCUUUUGCUGACAGCUGUAGUGGCAAUUUCCUACACAAUUGCAGUGCUGUACGAGGGGCCUUUCACGGAGGAAAUCUAUCGGCAGAAGCAGAAGAGAACGAAGAACAAGUAGCAACAGGGAGGCUGCCGCUCUUCAGAAGGGAGCAGAAGGUACCAGAGUCUGGGGACAUGUCCAGGACACACAAAGACCUUUGUCCAUGCUGGAUGCUGGCGAGAUGCUGCUGCCUCUGAGCGAACUGCGAGCUAGAAGAUGGCAUGAGAUGGGAUGGAAAUGGGACCCAGCUUUGCCACGUGGUUUCUGCCACCUUGAAGGGGAGUUUUUUUCUAUGGCAGGAGAGUGAGGUGUCACCCCACUUAGUGAAGCCCCCGUGGAGUCGGGCCACCAUACCCCACCUCUUGGCCCGUGCUUGGCGCCUGUGACGCUUGUUUGGCCACUGGUAAGGAAGGCAGCAGCUCGGAGCCACCCGCCAGAGCACACACUGCUUCCCCAGCCCUGCACCGCCACACUGGCCCUCAGCGGCUGUGGCAAGUUCAUCUCAGCUCUAGCACACACCAAAGAUGAGAGAAGGGGAGCAAAUGCAGAAAGUCCAGAUGCCACGGUAUGGCACGAGACUGCUGUGGGAGCUGCUCGGGGUGGCGUCUCCAAGGGAGCGCUCGCCUCCUCUUGCCUGCAUGACUCAAGGAAUCGGCGAUUUAAGACAUGUCUCAGGCUUUCAAAUUCUCAGUUAAUCAAAUCCCAAAUGCUAAAAAGAAUCAGGAGACAUGAAAAAUGUUGCUAAAGAAGUAGGGGGUGGGGGAAGGAAACAAAUAAACCCACCCCCCACAGUCCCCUGUGACAGAGCGGCCCGCUUGUGCAUCAUAUCUCAUCUGGGAAAAAUUAUAUGUUGUGAAUUACGUGCUUCUUUUGAAAAGCCUUAAAGCAGAUUUAAUAAAAUGAGACAAGCUAAUAAUAUAGGGAAUGAAUAGCAACCCUGGAUGCUGCAUCUUGAUUUAAUCAGAUGCUUUUCCCUAGGGGGACGAGCAAGAGCUAUAGCUAAAGCCUCCCAUCCCUUCCCUACCCAGCUGCUCCCCUCUUCCUCCAGCCUGCUGCUCCUUCUCCUGUCCCAGGGGAGAGGGAUUUGAGGUCCCACAAGACCUCGCUGUUCACCAGCAAAUGGUGGGAAACACAGAGCCCAUGCUGAUUAUUUGUGAGCAGGCCAAGGAGCAGCAGUCUGGGGUGUUGUGCACCACACAAACAGAGGGUCCUGUCUGAGCAACAAGUCCCAAACCUGGGCAAGAGAAGCAGGAACUAGGGAGCUGAGAAAGCCAGACUGGGGAGUGGGUUUGGCUCUGUGUGCAUAUAGCAAAGCACCACUCUGGAGCCAGGGAACACCAUAGCAGUGCAGGGGGACAAGCCCUUGGUAGGACAUGAAGCAUCUUAACAGCAGAGAUAAGGAGCUCCUGUUGGGUGUGCUCCUCUCCACAUCCCGGGACAGGCAGCAGGGUCUGCAUGUGCCAGGGCGAGAAAAGCACAAAUGCCUGUUCCAGUCUUGGACCCACAGGACCCUGCCACAAACCGAGACCGGCUCAGCCUCGCACUGACAACACUUCCCAGCUCAAAUCAAAGUCAUGUUCUGAUGUAAUUGUUCUUUUCCAAGUAUCCCCCCGCUCGCCUGUCCCUGGGCCGGGCGUGAUGUGCGCUCCUGGUACAUUUUGCUUCCUCUGUCUUUGCAGAGGCUGGUGUUGCUGUGAGCUCUGUUUUGCUGCUCGCACAGUUCGUCCAAGGCAGACCCUGGGGAGCCACAUGUUCUGUCGCUGGGAUGUUUGUGUGACUUUCGUGGAAUUUCCUUCCCUCAGCCACUUGCUUGUGGCUGCCAGGCGGGUUUUGUUCGUUGGCAGGUGGCUGGUAAACGCGGGAGGGUGCAAAUAGGGAAAGAAAUAGCAAGAAAUGGGGGAUUGAUCCAUGCUGAAGAUGUUCAAUUCCAUUAGAAGUGUCUGUGGUUGCUGGGUUUUCAUGUAGAGUAGCCUGCCUGCGGCUCUUGCUGUACCCAGCAGCUGCAUGAAGAAGCCUGUGUCCUCUAAAAGCGGGCAAGGAGCAGAGGAUCAAAAUCGGAGCAGGUAGUACAGCAGCCGUGGGCCAAAAUGCUGUUUUAUCUGCCUCUGCUGAAGACUCAGGCUAUUUGCAGUCAGGUCAGGAAUAGGUGGUGAUUUUUAAGAGAGUCAUAACUGUGGGGAGGCUUUGCCUCACAGUGAGGUGGAUCCUUUAUCAUCCAUCACUGGCAGUCAGCUCCCAGCAAAUGCAUUCUGCUUUCACCAGGAGAUGAGUUUCUCGCUCAUCCUGGGGUACUCAGACUAAUGCCUUGUAAUGCUCCUCUCCAGAGACUCUGCGUGAGGAGCUGGGCUCUGGGACAGCACAGCCACCCCCACACCCUCUCCCCAGGUGCUUCUGCAGCCAUCAUUUCUCCUCCACCCUCCCAGGGUCCCUGUCUUUGCUUCAGGGGGGCUCCUGGUAGUGUGGCUCCAGUCACAACCUGCACCCUGAGCUGACCCACAGGAUCCCGGUGGCACACUUGCCUCCCAGUGUGCUCUGCCUUUGCUGUCACUGAGGAGCCUUUGGGAGGGAGAAAAAGGAUUUUCCAUUGCUCAAAACUGUUAACCUAAAAGUAGGCUUCAAGUAGGCUAUUUUUACCCAUUCCUGGCACUCUUAAUAGUUGUAUGGGUAACAACAAACACCAAUCAUAGAAUAAUUUGGGUUUGAAGGGAUCUUUAAAGGUCAUUGAGAUAACUUGAUUUGUCUGUCCCCCAGAGAUUGGCACCUCUUCUUCCCCCCGUUGUUUUCCAUCAACUGCUUCAAUUAAAUGAUCUCUGUUAUUUUGGGGUGAUACAUGUAUGCUCUUGUAAUUGGCUCUUAAAUCUCUUUGCUGUCUAGCACACAGAUCAAUAAAUACGGG